AUGUCUGCUGAGAAUUCGUGGGAAGUCCCCCAGUCGAAGGAUGUCCAGGCCGUCGAUACCUCCGAUGCUGAACCUUCAGCUGAGGUGUUCCGCAAGAGACAGAGUCUCUCCGACUUUUUGACCAUUCUCGCCAGUGGAUUUGCCCUGAUCAGUGAUGGCUAUGAGUAUAACCUAAUGACAAUGACCUACUACGUUUCGGCGAUUUCCACGAGCGUGUCAAAUGCCUGCUUGUUGGAGAAAAUCUUUGUCAGAUUUCUGCCAUGCGACUACAUUGGGCGCAAAGCGGCUAUGGUCUUCACCACUUAUGAUCGCGCCGCAUCGCACGGUGUCAGUAUCAACGGCAUGCUCUGGAUGCUGAACGUUUCGCGUGGUAUUAUUGGCUUCGGAACUGGUGGUGAAUAUCCUCCCUCUUCAGUUUCGACGGCAUCCGAAAACGCCAAUGACUUGACCCUGAAGCAGCGUGGUCCAGCUUUCAUCAUGCUGACAAACUUUCAGCUGUCAUUUGGUGGCCCAUUUGCUGUUCUGGUUUCCUUGGUCGUAUUCUCAGCCUGCCAGCCAUCCCACUACAGCACCGUCCAGCGCGUCUGCUUCCGGUUUCGGGUGCAUCUGGCCCCUGUCCUUCCAUAUGGCCUGGUACAUUGUUACUAUUGGAAGUCGCUCAUUGGAACUUGUGGUGCCUGGUACCUAUACGGCCCGUACUCUUUCCCAUCACCUGACUUCAUCACUUUUCCCAACGGCGUCUUCUCCGCCACCAUCAUCUCCUCUGUGGUCGACGACGACUCGGUUCUCAAAACCGGUGAAUGGCAACUCCUCCUCGGGGCCAUCUCCCUCCCCUGUGUCUCACUCGGAGCUCUCCUCUAUAACAAGCUCAGUGGCGAAAACAUAAUGAUGGUAGAUCAUCCCCUCUUCCUGGUCUUCUACAGCCUCAUGCAGAGUUCCGGCAAAUUCGGCCCGGGGGACAUGCUCGGCUUAUUUUCAUCGGAGCUGUAUGCCACCGGUGUCCGGGGUACUUGCUAUGGGUGGUCUGCGGCUGUAGGGAAAGUAGGUGGCGCUAUUGGUACUCAAGCAUUCACACCCAUUGAGAAUAACUCGGGUAAAAAUGUACCGUUAAUUAUUGUAGCUAUUCGCGGUGUUGUGGGCAUUUUGGUGGUUCAAUUUCCUCACUCCGGAUAUUUCGGGGAUAAUUUGAGAAUCCGCGAUGAGAAAUUCCGGGCCUACCUUGUCUCGAAGGGGCGGGGUGGUGCGAUGGGUGACGAUGAUAUGCGGGCCUUGGCAGUUGAGGGCACCCCGCCUGCUUUCGGGGAGGCAAAGACAUGUUCCUUGUUGGGCGUUGUUUAGGAGGGGGAAAACAAAUGGU